AUGAAGGGAGAAAAGGAAAAAAACAGAAAGAAACGCCGGCAUCUCGCCGAGAAGGCAAAGGUGAAAAAAGAUAAGAAAGUCAGUUCCUUGCAAGACCCUCCGCAUGCAGAAGACGAUCCAGCCAGCGAUGACCCGAUUGAGAAUGCAUCAGACGCAGGAACGCCAGAAGAGAACGGCGAGGGCCCCAUGGAUGUGACCGUCAAGGAAGAGGCCCCUGCAGCUGCAGAUACAGCUGAGACGGAGGAAGCAGAGAAGAAAACUCCCCCAGGUGUAGCUGGUGGUUUCUUUUCUGACGUUUUGUUUGAAAGCUUGGAUAUAUGUGAGCCCGUUAAGAACGCCCUAAAAGAUAUGCAAAUGGAGAAACUAACAGAAAUACAAGCCAAGGCGAUACCGCGGUUGCUUGAGGGUAAAGAUGUAUUGGGGGCAGCUAAGACAGGAUCCGGCAAGACUCUAGCAUUUUUAAUUCCUGCAGUUGAGCUUUUGUACCAAGUGAAGUUUCUGCCCCGCAACGGAACAGGAGUGUUAGUUAUAUCUCCAACACGCGAGCUGUCUCUGCAGAUAUAUGAUGUGGCUGUGGAGCUAUCAAAGUAUCUGCCGCAGACCAUUGGUCUGGUCAUGGGCGGAGCCAACAGAAAACAUGAAGCGGAAAAACUCUCCAAAGGAGUUAAUAUUCUUGUCGCUACACCAGGACGCCUUCUAGAUCAUAUGCAAAACACUAAAGGUUUCGUGUAUAAGAAUUUAUUAUCUCUGGUGAUUGAUGAGGCGGACAGAAUUCUGGAGAUUGGCUUUGAGGAGGAAAUGAACGCCAUAUUGGCGUUGCUACCCAAACAGAGACAAACGUGUUUAUUCUCAGCAACACAAACCGCUAAAGUUGCAGACUUGGCCCGUCUCUCUCUUAAAAAACCCGUACUCGUCCAGGUGCAGAAUUCUGUGGCGACAGUUUCGGGUUUGCAGCAGGGAAAGGAAUUCUUCUCUGCACAGAUGUGGCGGCUCGAGGCCUAG